GACGAAGACAGCUGUCCGAUAUGUUUCGAAGCGUACGACGACGAGAACCCGAAGAUGCCGCUGCGGUGCGAGCAUCACUUCCACCUGGGGUGCGUCUUCGAGUGGUUCGAACGGAGCGAGCUGUGUCCGGUGUGCGAGGAGAAGAUGGAGUUCGCGCCCUCCGUCGGGAUGACGCUCUCGGGGGAGUGA